ACCUCUCCACGUCUGUAGAGGGCACUAAGGUGACGUAAUCCUUUGGUACGUCAGGGAGGCGGCGUUGAAAAUUCAGUCUACGCAGUCGAGUCAGAGCUGUCGAUUGUGGACCUUGAACUUCUUGAGGUUUAAAAUGGUGCUGCGACGGAUCGUCUACGCUUUGAUAAAUAACGCUCAGGUGGUGGAGAAACUCGCGGAGUCUCGACCCAUCCGACGGGCGGCACAGAUCACGGCCUUCGCCAUCACAAAAGCACAGCUCGCCGGGAAAGACGCCUCGACUAAACUACUCAAGUCAGAAACCUUCCGCCAGAUACGAGAUGAGACGACGAAGAUGCCCCGAGAUGUGCAGGAGUUGGGUCGAAGAGCAACAAGGCUGCGGGAUACGUUUGUAAAGGAGGUGAAAGACGGAGUGAGAGACGCCAGUAGACAGAUUAAAGAGAAAAAGUGAUUGAUUAUACUCGGAGUUGGACACUGUCAUUCAGGACUCGAUUUAAACUUUCUGUCUGCUGUAUCACCAUACACAUGUUUAUUGCUCCUAAUAGACAUUUAAAUUAUGAACACUAAAGACUAUACAUUAAGAACAUAAAAUGUUAAUAUGAGAAAGUGCCAUGUGAUUUGUAAAAUAAACAGUAUGAAUUUAAUAAGGA